UACUGCAAUUGUAUGAAACCUGUCCUGGGCACCGCCUCCAACAUUCCAGAGAGACCGCAUGUUCACAAUGACUACUGCGAGCCUUUAACACUUCACGUAAAUCUGGAAGUUGCUGAAUGCUUUCUCUUACGUCAAGCCGCCACGAUUUGGAGCAUCACUUGAAUUACUACUUCUGCAGAAGUUCUGAGGUCAAACAGGACAGAGAAACUGCCGACUGUCACAAUGCAUGGAUUCUUCCUGAUAACAGCAACUUUCAUCUGUGUUGUGUCGCAGGAGGCAGAGGAGCCGAUAACAUACACGUGCACUGAUGGUUAUGAGUAUGAUCCCAUCAGGCAAGUGUGCAAAGAUAUUGAUGAAUGUGCCAUUUUGUCUGACGCCUGUAAAGGGGGCAUGAAGUGCAUCAACCACUUUGGCGGAUACCUUUGCCUUCCUCAGAACGCUCAGAUCUUUGUCAGUAAUGGCGAUGAGCCCAGCGUGCCUGCGGACCCCAGCUCCGCCAGCAUCCCCAGCCACCCGACUCGUACCCAGUCCAACCGAAGAGUGGUCCAGUCUGGCGGGGGCCGAACAGUGCGCUGCAGUCCCGGCUUCACCCUGGAUGAACAGAAUCUCUGCAGAGAUACUGAUGAAUGUGCAACCGGCUCCCACACCUGCAGUGGCGAUCAGACCUGCUACAACACCAGAGGGUCCUUCAGCUGUCAGUGCCAGCCUGGGUACCAAAAGAUGGGGGACCAGUGUGUGGAUAGAGAUGAGUGUCUCAUAUCCCACUACUGCAUGCACAGAUGUGUCAACACGGUUGGCUCCUACUACUGUGAGUGUGACAUUGGCUAUAAGCUGUCCAACAACAACCACAGCUGCGUGGAUCUUGAUGAGUGCGAGACUGAUAAUCCCUGUGAGCAUCAGUGCUUCAACCUCAUGGGCUCUUUCGUAUGCCAGUGUAAUCAGGGCUAUGAGCUGGCAUCAGACUCGGUCAACUGUGUAGACAUUGACGAGUGUGCCUUCUCCAGCUCCAUGUGUCAGUAUGUGUGCAUGAAUAACCCAGGGGGAUACUCCUGCACCUGCCCCGAUGGAUACCAGCUGCAGGGAACAAGAAUGUGCCAGGACAGUAAUGAGUGUGAAACUGGUCACACCUGCACAGAGGAAGAGACGUGUUGGAAUUACUAUGGAGGCUUCCGCUGCUAUCCCAGAAAUCCUUGCCAGGAGCCGUAUGUAAGGACCUCAGAAAAUCGAUGUGUGUGCCCAUCCUCAAGUGUGUGCCGUGGCAUGGCCCAAUCCAUCGUGUACAAGUACAUGAACAUCUACUCGGACCGCUCCGUGCCAGCGGACAUCUUCCAGAUCCAGGCCACCAACAUCUACCCCAACACACACAACACCUUCAGGAUCAAGUCUGGCAAUGAAGGAGGGGAGUUUUUCCUCAGACGUGUCAGCAAUGUUGGUGCCAUGCUGGUGAUGACCAAGUCCUUGAGUGGACCCCUAGAGGUGAUCCUGGACCUGGAGAUGAUGACGUACCACACUGCCAUGAACUACCGCUCCAGCUCCUUACUACGGCUCACCAUCGUCGUGGGACCUUACCCCUUCUAGUGGUGACAUCUGUCGCUUCACCAUGUAUGCAUAUGCACUGUGCUACAGUAUAGCUAUCUAAUGCAGCAAUGGCAAGACUUAAGGGAUGGCUUGCUUUGUGUGUGAGUAAGGUGUGUUAUGAAUGUGUGGCUCUAUACACACUCUUUUCAGCGCUAAAAACCGAAUUAUAGCUAUAUUCCAACUAUGUUUUAAUGAACAGUGUCCCUUAUUAACCUUACUUUUAGUAGGGAGAAAUAAAUGAAACGGUCUGUGCACUGAAAUAUGCACUUCUAUUAUAUAGCCCAGGAUAAAAUAAGAUAGUUGGCUUCAUUAAAUUAAGUUCUAAGAAGACCUCAUCACCUGGAGCUUUAUGGUCACCACCUAACCUUACAUGAGUAAUGUUGUUUUAUACUGGGGGGCCCCAAUGACACCUCACCUUACAUGAGUAAUGUUUUAUACUGGGGGGCCCCAAUGAUAGAAGAAUUUAUGACAGUUUUUGGAAACAAAUGGAGGAUGUUGAUGCAAUUGACAUGCUAAGAUAUGUUCUUUAAAAUUGCCUUUCAAUUUCAGCCAAAGAAUCCAAAAGCAGUCUACCAGACCAGAACAGAUCUUGGUACCCUUCCAUUGGAUAUGCUGCCUUAUUUUGUACACAUAGCAAGUGGAACGUAAUGAAGACUAUUUGCUUCUUUACGAUUCAGACUGAAGCACUAUUGAAGAAUGAAAUGAUUUGUAAUGUAAUAUCCAGGAAUAGGAGAAAAAACCUACACGUGCUCAAGGGAGCUGAGUCAGAGGGCACAUUGAUGGUGUCAGUGAAUGAGUGUGUGUACCUUUUUAUGUGGUUGUAUGAUGCUACUGCCAUAAGCUUGGAUCACUUGUACUUCUCUAUGAGUAGUGCUUGAUGACUAGUCUCUGUGGCACACUGACAAGAACUAAGCUCUGGCAGUGGCAGUGGCAGUGGCACCGAUCGGUAGGGCUCUCUCAUAACACAGUGUGGUUGUAAUGUGCUCCAAAGAAACAAUUUGAUCACGUAUAGUGGUUCUAGUGACUAAUUCUGGCUGAGACAGUUAUUGAUGAAAUCUCACCCUGUCCAAUCGGGCUGAUUUAGUCAAGUAAUGAAACUGUAAGUAUAUACACUACUUGAAAGUGAAACGUCAUAUAGAAUAUCUCUUAAGUGGUCCGCGACACCUUAGGCACUUUUUGUGAUAUUUACUCAAGCACUGAGAGUAAAAACAUCGUAUUUUUCUGUUUUUGGUCUAUUUCUGUUGUUUCACUUAUGUUCAGAGAGCUGUUCUACAGAGAAGUUAAGCAUGUACUUAUCUGGUUGAAUCUCCAAAACAGUAUUGAUCACGUAACAUUAUCAGUUUCAUCAGUUAAGUUUCUAUGAGUGCCAAAUAACAAAAUGCACAUUGACAACUUUUUUAUUUCUGUAUUUAAAAUGUAUUUCUCAUAUUAACCACAGUAUUUUCAACUAUUAAUGAAAAGUGUUGUGAAAAAUAAACCUAAUUAAUAAA